AUGUCCGGUCGGAGGGUGUUGGAUGCCAUCCAUUUCCUCAAUGUCUCAAAAUCCAUCGCGGUGAAACAUCUGGGCAUUCGGCAACACCAGCUCGAUGUCUAUACCCGUACCUCGUCCUUGACCAAAGGCAUCAAGGAACAGGUCGAAGGCCUAGUCCUGACAGCUCAGGCAGCAGCCACCUUGGCGCGUCGCUUCAAUGACGAUGGACCGACGCCCUCCCCUGCCCCUGCCCCUGCUCCUCGCGCAUCGCCACAAGCCUCUUCACAGAGGGACGCCGACGCAUUCAACCCACAAACGGCCGUCUCUGAGAAUGCGGCGGCACCAACCAGACUCUCUCCCGACGCGGCGCGAAGACUUCAGCGCCAAUCAGAAUUCCAGGUACCAUCCGAGACAGCGCAAUACAAAGGCAAUGAAAACCCGGACAGCCUGAACGUCAGCCCCCAGCAAGAGGUCUUUUACGAACCCUCCCACCAGACUGCGCCGGACCUGUCCGCCUUGCCGCGAGUGAAGCUACCCAAGGCGGCCGGUGAUUCGCAAGGAACCCGGCAGGAUGGAUUGAAUUCCGACGUCUUUCACUCAGCCACGGGGCCCGAGAAACCAAAGGACGCUGCGGGAGCGUCGGAGGUGUCGGAGGAGGUUAUGCAAAAUCUUUUCCAGAGCCCAAGAGUGUCUCGCAUGCUCUCAGGAAAACCAGCACCGGCACCGCAAUCGCAAGGGCAGUGGCCCCCCCCAGACAGGGAUCGGUUCGUGCAAGAUGAGCUUGCGAAAGCAACAAACACGCCUGGGCCUUCCUCAACAGCGGCGGCACAAAGCGAUACACAAGAGACGGAGAAACUAGCAGCCGAAAUUGCAAAGGAAGCCGUUCCCUCAGCUGCAGAGACAAACGCAGCGGUCAAGCCACCCACAUAUCAGAUGAUGGAAUCUCGUGUGCCAUCUUCAAGAUUGGGAAGAUUGUGGCAGUACGGCGGCCUUGCAACGUCCAUGGCAUUUGGCGCUGUCACUGAAACUAUGCGACGAGCUACUGGAAGUCAAGACAGCGGGUCCAUCAUGUUCAGCGCUGGGAAUAUGGAAAGACUUGUUGCCAAGCUAUCCAAGAUGCGUGGUGCUGCCUUGAAGCUUGGCCAAAUGCUCAGCAUUCAGGAUUCUAACAUGCUACCCGAGCCAAUUCAGCUCGUUCUGCAGCGGGUUCAGGACCGCGCGGACUACAUGCCCGCCUCUCAGCGUAACAAGGUGUUGACUGAUAACCUGGGUCCGGACUGGCGGGAUUUAUUCAGUUCAUUCGAUGAAAUUCCUAUGGCCGCUGCAUCGAUUGGCCAAGUCCAUGCCGCUGUACUCAAACGCACGGGCAAACCGGUGGCGGUCAAGAUCCAGUAUCCAGGUGUCGCCGAUUCGAUCGACUCCGACUUGAACAAUCUCUCCAUCCUUCUGACCGCCUCUCGGAUGCUCCCGCGGGGCUUGUAUCUCGACAAAACCAUCGCGAACGCUCGAGUUGAGCUGGCCUGGGAGUGCGACUACGUUCGCGAGGCAGAGUGUGGAGCUCGCUUCCGCAAACUUCUUCAAGAUGAUCCUGUCUUCCUCGUUCCCGAAGUGAUCACCGAGGCCUCGGGCAAGCAAGUCCUGACAAUGGAAAUGUUGGAGGGGGUUGCAGUUACUAAGAUUCAAGAUUUCACACAGGAGCAGCGCGACUGGAUCGGCACCCAGAUCAUGCGGCUCUGUCUGCGCGAGAUCACAGAGUUCCGAUACAUGCAGACCGACCCUAAUUGGACCAACUUCCUGUACAAUGCCCGCACGAACCGCCUUGAGCUGCUCGAUUUCGGUGCAUCACGCGAGUACCCCAAGGAAUUCAUUGACAAGUACGUGCGAACGCUAGUUGCUGCGUCUCGCAAUGACCGCAAGGCGUGCCAAGACCUUUCGGUGGAACUGGGCUACCUGACCGGCAUGGAAUCGCAGGCCAUGGUCGACGCGCACGUCUCGUCCAUUGUCACCAUCGCCGAACCGUUCAUGCUGUCCUCGCCGGACUUGUACGACUUCCGUGAUCAGACAAUCACGGAUCGUGUUCGCGCUCUGAUCCCGCUCAUGAUUCGCGAGCGACUCGCACCGCCUCCGGAGGAAACUUACUCGCUGCAUCGCAAGUUGAGUGGCGCGUUCCUGCUCUGCGCUCGGUUGGGCAGUCGUGUGCCUUGCAAAGAGCUCUUUGCUGAGGCGACUCGCAAGGCUCAGGCUAACGGGUUGGAUGUGGAAAGAUCUUGA